CUGCUGACGCCGCUCUUCCGCCAUCUUCAACUUCCUAUUGUUUGCAUCGGACGGAGGCUGGCUGAAUGUGCUGUGUGCGCGAGCCGAGGCAACCACUGACAUAUUCGGUUAGCUUCGGCGCUCCACACUUUCUUCAUUGGUCGCCGAGGUCAACGUAAACGAUUUGUAUGUCAUUGAUUUAAGGACCUCUCAGGACGCGACCACUAAACCUUGAUGAUGGAGGACGAACAACCCAGAACACUGUAUGUGGGGAAUUUGUCCAGGGAUGUAACCGAGCCCCUCAUUCUGCAGGUCUUCCAACAGAUAGGACCCUGCAAAAGCUGUAAAAUGAUUUUUGAUACAACUGGAAAUGACCCGUACUGCUUUGUGGAGUUCUAUGACCACAGGCAUGCUGCUGCCUCAUUGGCAGCUAUGAAUGGAAGGAAAAUAAUGGGUAAGGAAGUCAAAGUCAAUUGGGCCACUACGCCAACAAGCCAGAAAAAAGACACAAGUAAUCACUUUCAUGUCUUUGUCGGAGACCUCAGUCCAGAAAUAUCUACUGAAGAUGUCAAAGCUGCCUUUGGACCCUUUGGCAGAAUAUCGGACGCACGUGUUGUGAAAGAUAUGGCUACAGGGAAAUCUAAAGGCUAUGGCUUUGUGUCUUUCUUCAACAAAUGGGAAGCGGAGAAUGCCAUUCAGCAGAUGGGGGGCCAGUGGUUAGGAGGCAGACAAAUCCGAACCAACUGGGCCACAAGAAAGCCCCCUGCGCCAAAAACCACCUAUGAAAGUAACUCCAAGCACCUGUCUUUUGACGAUGUCGUGAACCAGUCCAGCCCCAGUAAUUGCACCGUGUACUGUGGUGGCGUCAGUACAGGACUGACAGAGCAACUAAUGAGACAGACCUUCUCUCCUUUUGGGCAAAUUAUGGAAAUCAGAGUUUUCCCCGAUAAAGGCUAUUCAUUUGUGAGGUUCAGCUCCCAUGAGUCAGCAGCCCACGCUAUUGUGUCUGUGAAUGGAACUGCAUUAGAGGGCCACAUAGUCAAGUGCUACUGGGGCAAAGAGAACCCAGACAUGAUGAACCCAGUGCAGCAAAUGCCUGUACCUCAGAACAAGAUUAGUUUCCCUGCUGCGCAACCCUACAACCAGUGGGGCCAGUGGUAUGGCAAUGGGCCUCAGAUCAACCAGUAUGUCCCAAAUGGGUGGCAGGUUCCCACCUAUGGUGUCUAUGGUCAGGCCUGGAACCAGCAGGGCUUCAAUCACAUACCGCCCAGUGCUGGGUGGACUGGCAUGAGCGCCAUCAGUAACGGUGGGGUUUUGGAGCCCACACAGGGACUGAAUGGGAGUAUGCUCGCCAAUCAGCCUGGUAUGGGAGCCACAGGAUACCCCACUCACUGAUAAGGGAAAAGGGCAGGAGAUAUGUCCACCGCCUGCCUUUUGGCUUUAACAUGUUCAGUGGGGCUGUGCGAUGACACCACCUCUUUUGACAGGACUAGGACUUACUAGGAUGUGGAUCUGAUUGGAAGGAUUGACAUCUGUUGGAGGUGUAAAGGGAUUUCUUUUGGGAGUGCGGGGAGGGCGAGGUCUCAAGAUCCAAUGUGGAGCAAUUUGACCCACACAGGUAUUUCCACCCCUCUAUUGCAGAUAAAACUGGUUGAGAUCCAGGGCUUGUACCAUUUUGAAGUUCAAUGUAAAUGACAAAACUUUCUUUCUGGAUUUUUACAAAUGGCUUACAUCGUAGUUUCUCAGAAUCACUGAGAGAUGUGUCUUAUUUUCAAUUUUAAAGAAAUGAUCAAGGUUACGACUUUUGUUAAGUUAUGAACAAGUUCUUUGAGGAAUGGAGAUCUUUGAUUUGUACGGAAACUUAAAAAUCUAUUGCAGGGAUUGUUUGCCACUGCUGCUUCUCUGUAAAGGCAGAAUAAUAUUGCACAGUCCUCCCAGCUGGUACUUGACAAAUUGUAUUUUUUUUUCUUUAUUCCUCCAUUCCAUAUUUUUCAGCCUCAAAUCUUUUAGCCCCAUGUAAAUAACUCCCCAUUUGAUACCAUGCAAGUACAAAUACUACUACCGUGCGUGCUUGCUUUAAUUUGUUUCCACAACUACAGUUAACUCCCAUAAUGUGAGUAACGGAGUGGCACUGCCAAACGUGACACUGGCACAGUGUCUCAUGAUUCUUCCAUGCUGAGACAAAGAUGGCAUUGCCAUGCAGUGCACAUUUAAACGUUUGACACAAUCUAGAUGUACAGAAAUAUUUGAUGCCCCCCACCCCAUUUUUUGUAUAAAGGCUCUUGAGUGGGUCCGUUCAACCUUUACAUCUGCUCUGUUUGCCAGAGGGAUGAGGAGGCCUACAUGACUGUUGCCUUAUUAAGCUGGUUUGUUUUAGCUGAUAAGAUACUUUCUUCAAUUAGGCAGUGCCUACAAUUGUUUUCAGACCCUUUUGUUUAGAAAGGUGUUAGACCUGAGAACCAAUGACUCUGCUACUGUAAACAAUGUUUUCAUGCCUUUGUCCUAUUAAAAUGCUCAUGAACACACA